AUGGUCAUGGGAGGAGGGAGUGUAUUUGAACUUCCCACCCCCAAGAAUGCUGAGAUUCCGUCUCUAAGUGGGGCGGAAGUAUCUGCGGCCGUCUCUUCGAAGGCACAUCAGUUUGAUCAUCUCAUCCGGUAUCAUACAACCGUCGAGGAUGUGGAAAAGUUGUCGAAUGGGCGGCUGCAAUUGGUUCUCCGGCACGAGAAUCCAGAAGACACAGAUACAUGGUCAGAGGAAGUGUUUGAUCAUUUGAUCGUCGCAAAUGGACAUAACUCAGUCCCAAGAGUGCCAGAUAUACCGGGUCUGUCACUGUGGUCCCGCAAUUUGCGCCAUACUGUGACAUGGAGGUCCGAGGAAGACUUUAGAAAGCAAAAAAUCCUCAUCGUCGGUACUAGCGAGAGCGCGGUUGAUGUCUGCUUGCAAUCUCUUCCUUACGCCAGGGGCCCUGUGUAUGUAUCUCAAAGAACCCCCCACCCCCGAUUCCCGACGGUUUUCUCUCGUCCAGGCGUCGAGGUGGUGGCUACUAUAUCUCAUUUCACGGAGGAUACCGUCCAUCUGACCGACGGGACGGUCCUCACGGACAUCGACACGGUGGUCUUUGCAACGGGCUAUUUCUACACUUACCCAUUCUUAUCAUCCAAGAUCCGUCCACCCCCUGUUGCAGGUUAUCGCAUACCUGGUUUGUAUCAGCACAUUUUCGAUAUCUAUAACCCUGAUACAAUCGCAUUUGUUGGCGUGGCCAACGCAUCCCUCUCAUGGCUCACAUGGGAGAAAUCUGCUUUUCUCAUUGGCCUCUUAUGGUCGGGCAAGAUUCGCUUGCCCGCCAAAGUUCAGCAGGAAGAGUGGGAAGCCAAGCGACUUACAGAGACUGGGGACCGACUAUUUCAUAUUUUGGCGCGUCCCUGGGAGCGUGUGAUUUACUGGGAUGAACUGAAUGAGCUCGCUGCGGAUUAUCUCCACACUGAUGCUACUGACGAUACUCUGCUGAGAAGCUUCCCAUUUGAGUGGGUUGUUGAGUUGAUGAAAUCAAGAGAUCCCAAGGCCAACUUCUACGGCAUUACGGACCAGAUACUGGGCUGGGGAUCCGUUGGGACACUACUCGUCAAUGGUUAA